AUGGGCACAGUGACUCAACUACGGUUUCCCUACAGCCAUGCCAAUUUUAGCAUUAAUCUGUAUAAAGCCGCAUUCAAUCCGGAACAAAACGUGGUGGUGGCUCCUUUCACGCUUCAAAAUAGUAUCGCUAUGCUGUACUCGAUCGCAACGGGCACUACGCGGGAUCGGUUGCGGGAUGUAUUCGCUUUGCCGGCCAAUUUUACCGAAUUUAUCGUCAAUCAAAAGUUACUCCACUUCACGCUCAGUGACGCUGGCGGAUCGGAAGGAUUCCGAAUGAAAAAUCGAAUGAUCCUUAACGGGUUCCGCGAGGUCGACGCACGCAUGCGUGACAUCAUGCUGGAAGAUCUGGACACCAUACUGAUGUAUUUUGACUUUGCGCAGCGCGAAGGAGUUGUGCGUCGUGCAAACCACUUUCUGAGCAUGCACACAAACGGUCUCAUCGGGGACACGCUGUUUCUAGGCGAUGUACCGAAACAGCUACAACUAAUUCAACUGAGUGCAGGAUCAUUUCAUCCACCGUUUUCCAGCGUGUUUGAUAAGCAGAAUACGUUGGCGCGUGACUUCCGGUCCGGUUGGAUAGAAAAGCUUUACCAGGCCUCUACCAUGUACAAGGAGGGAGACUUCCGAUUCGCCCGCAUCCCUGAGCUGGAAAUCGAGGUCCUUGAGCUUCCGUUUCAAGCGCGCAGUGACUCGGCCCUAUGGAUAAUGUUGCCGGACCGCGACGCUGGCCUAGAGCGGAUCGUCAAGGCCUUGGAGCCGGAGCACUUUGAUGCAAUUCAGGCGCACUUCAGUACAAAACGCGCCAGCAUCGUCGUUCCCGUGUUCUCCAUCAAAACGGAGUUCAAUGCAACGGAAUUCCUACGGGACACCAUCGGAUUGGAUGCAUUGUUCCGGCUGCGAGAGCUGCGAUUCUUUGACGAUCACGAUUCAUCGCUGGCCACCAUUAUACAUCGGGCAGCGAUCUCCGUUCAUGAACGGUCGGCUGACGCUGGUGGUGUGGCUACGGUACACAGCUUUAGCAAACGGAGCACCACGGCCGCCUAUCAGUUCUACGUUGGCCGUUCGUUCCUGUUCGCGUUGAUUAAACGGUCUAGCAAACAGAUUCUGUUUUUGGGGCACCUUUAUAGACCGAAUGAUAUGGUAGAAGUAUAA